AUUUUUUGAUAAAAAAAUAGCAAUAUUGAAAAUAAAAAAUAGAAGGAUGAAAAUGAGUGGUCAAAAUACUCAUUAGGCAAGAGUUACGGGGGUUUGUGUGUGAGGAAAACACACAAAGAAUGUAAGGGAACUAAUAGAUGACAGAUGCUUAUAAAUCGGACUAGAAACGUGGAUGAAAUGUCGAAAUUACUGUUACUAAACUCAUGGGCAUCCCUCUAGAUCGAAAAAUUAUUGUAUGGUCCCGAACUAUUAAUCCUUCGUAACAAUAGUUAAGAUUAAGAGCACGAAUUUGUACGUGCGUUAUUUGAUCAUUCAUUAGGAAUUAGAGAAAAAAAGCCCUUAAUAACACAAAAAAAAGUUGUGAGGAGUUAGAAUGGCACACGAACAAAUGAAGAGGAUUCCGGAAAAAGAAAUAAAAAGUGGCGGAGGAAGUGUUAGUAUUAGUAGUGAUAAUAACAAAGAUAACGGACGUGGUGGAGGAGGAGGCGGAGGUGGAGGAGGAGGAGGCGGGGGGUUCAAAUUCAAUGCACAAGCGGCGGAAUUCGUGCCAAGGUCAUACACUACUAGUAGUAGUUAUGGCAAUCAUCAGAUGUUAUCGACGGGGUAUUUUUACCCGUGUGUGCAAUUUUUACAAGACGGGGAUCAUGUUAUGGGAACCCCGUCUACGGAUUGGUACUAUGUUAGUCCUUCGCCCCCUCCUUCCCCUAGUAACAAUAAUAGUAACACAAAUAAUAAUAAUAAUAAUAAUAACAAUAACAAUAACAACAAUAAUGGUAACGAUUUAAGUCCGGUACACCCGUCCAACUUCUCCAAUUCUCCAACUUCACAAUCUCAAUCUAGCUUGUCUCGGUCGAAUUCCCUCAAUGAUGAUCUACAUCAAAAGAUCGUCAAACAGGUAGAAUACCUAUUCAGUGAUCUGAGUUUGAUGGCAAAUGAUACAAUGGCAAAACAUGUAAGCAAAGAUCCUGAAGGUUAUGUUCCUAUUCCUGUCAUUGCAUCUAUGAAGAAGAUUAAAGCCCUUGUUACCGACCACCAUAUGCUCGUCCAAGCACUUCGCUCAUCUACGAAACUUGUUGUAACUAAGGAAAACAAGAAGGUCAAAAGAAGAAGCCCCUUUACAGAAACUUACAGAGAUGAGCUUCAGUGUCGUACUGUAAUGGUUGAGAAUUUGCCUGAUGAUCAUUCAUACCAUAACCUUGAGAAAAUAUUUAGUGUAGUUGGCAGUGUGAAGGCCAUCAGGCUAUGCCACCCCCCGGAAGCUAAUCCUUCUCGGUCCAAAAACGAAGCUAUUAUCAUUAGUAACAAGCUUCAUGCACUUGUAGAGUAUGAGAAUGCCGAAUUUGCAGAAAAGGCGGCUGAGAAGUUGAAUGACGAGAGAGAUUGGAGAAAAGGACUUCGAGUUAGGGUCAUGCAACGACGCACGCCAAAAUCUAUCCUGAAGACCAGAAAGUCGGACUUUGAUUUGCUUACUGAUGAUGAUGAAUCGACACAUGGUGAAUCGCCUAAAGAAAUCUCCCAACCAAAUGGUUCAGAAUUGGUUAAAGAAAACAGUCUUGGUGAAGAAAGUUCUGGUGUCACAAAAAAAUUGGCAUCACCACGAGGGCGUGCUAAAACCAAAGGACGAGCUGCUCAUCAAAGUCUAAAUGAUCGUGGCUUGCUUUCUUCUCCUACACAUUCAAUUGGUGUCUCGCAAUGUGAUACAUUAACAACAAAGCUCAUCAACAAGGGACCGCGAAUGCCUGAUGGCACUAGAGGCUUCACUAUGGGACGAGGGAAACCAAUUAGAACAUCCUCGACUCCAAGCUCACCUGUGGGGUGAAACAUAGACAACAAUAAUGAUAUGUAAUUUGGUUGUUGGUUCAUUCUUUUGUUUGCGAAGUCCAUUUAUUAGUCGAGUAUGUUGAGAUUGAUUACUAUAUAUUCAUCAAAAAAGAAACAAAAAGAACAAAAAAAAUGAAAACAAAGUUAAAAUAUGUAACACAUUUUGUAAGACAGGGUUCUUGAAGAACUUCUAGGGCUGAUAUUACUUGAUAAUAAGAUUUCACGUUCUUUC